AUGGAUCACGCAGGUUGUUUAAGUCCGUCAUCUGCCGCGCCGUCAGAUGCAGCAGCUCUUGCGGCUGUCUGUGGUGAUUUACUUCCACCGGCCUCGUUCACGUCUUUGCAGGCUACAGCCGAAAAAACGGCCAUUGGAAAACAAGCAUUCACUGCCUACCUUCCACCGACUGCACAACAAUUUAAAGGAGCGAGGCGUAUGCUGGCUCUUGCAAUUAGUUCUUUAAUCUACUUAUUGGAAUGCACGGCGACGUUUGCCGUUUUUCUUCUGAUUGUUCCUGUAUUGCUGAUUGUAUUUCCCACUUUCAAGUUGGCAAACUGUAUCUUUGAACGAUACAUAUCUUACAAGAGGAAAUGCAUUCCUUUGCGAGGGGAUGACGCUGUCUGGCAACAAGAUCGUCCAACAAACCGCCACAUAAUCCACGCUUUGAUGGUCGUAGAAGGAAAACCAGAUAUCGCGAAACUUCGAGAGAUUAUCCAAGAGCGACUUGCGUAUGGAAAAGACGAAAAGGGUAAACGAAUUUGUCCGCGAAUGACACAAGUUAUUCAAAACCACAUGGGAUACUUCGUUUGGAAGGAAGACAAGAACUUCAGUAUGGAAAAACAUGUUUUAAACUGGGAAGGGAAUCUUCCAAAAACUUUGGAUGAUGUGGAACAAACAAUUGCCGAAAUCUGCCCCAACCCGCUACCGGAAAAUCUUUCACCUUGGCAAUUUCUUGUAUUUCCAGUACUCGAAGAAGAUUGUUUUGGCCUUUUACUGCGCAUUCACCAUAGCGUAGCUGAUGGAGUCGCUUUGACAAGGGUGUUUGUAAGAAACCUUUACGAUGUACCGCCCAUAGCUCCAGAACCCAAGAAAUUCACCACAAAGCAGAGAUUUUAUAUGUGGUGCAAAGCGAUAGUCGUAGGCCCUUUCUUUGUUUUAACAAAGUUUUUUUCAAAAGCCGACUCCUCUAAAAUUCAUGGACAAGAACUGUGCGGCACGAAAGUCGUAGCUUGGUCCAAUAAUGUCGACUUGUCAUUGGUUAAAAGGGUAAAAAACAUAACUAGUUCAACAAUUAAUGAUGUAAUGGUUUCGUGUUUGGCAGGAGCUUUGCACGAUUAUCUAAAGGGUGCGCAAAACACCGACGUUGUAAACCUCGAAGAUAUGUGGGCUUCUGUACCCGUUGACAUUCGCGCUUCUUCAAAGUCUGUAAAACUCAAGAAUAAAUUUGCCCUGGUGUUUCCAAGGCUACCAAUUGUUGCUGACAACGCUGUGGACCGGCUCUUAGCAACAAAACAACGCAUGGACAGUAUGAAAACAUCCGCUGAACCUUGGAUCACUGCAGUAACUGUUCAAUUAAUGAUGCUGCUACCAGACUGUGUUUCCAAGCCGCUUAUUGAUUUCUUUGCACAAAAAGUCUCUUGCGUCAUCAGCAAUGUGCCUGGACCCCCACACCUUUUGUACCUAGGGGGCCAGAAAGUUGUCCAAGGAAUCUUUUGGGUCCCUAAACGAGCGAAUGUUGGAGUGGGUUUCUCGAUAUUCAGCUAUGCAGGGGGUAUUAGGGUUGGGGUUUACUCGGAUGAAUGCGUCAUUCCUAACCCCAGGGAAGUGGUGAAAGGAUUUGAGAGAAACUUCUGGCAGCUAGUGAAAGAGCUUAACAUCAAUGAAAAUUUAUGA